AUGGCCCAUCCCAGCAUUUACCCUGACCUCCCCGGACGCACAGUUGGUCGACAGCAGUUCGACUUUCUUCGUCUCCACGCCCCCUUCUACCGAGUGGCCGCUCAUGCGGGAGAAGGUCCCUGGUUCCUCUUCAAGCUCUAUCAACAUUAUCGCGCGCGUUGGGGACAUGCUCGUGAACGGUUUGCCUCGACGGAGGAGUGGGAGACAGCGAACGAUCUUCUCGAAAUUACGAUCAAAAACAAAAUGAAUUGGUUGCGCAUGACCACACAAAAGAUCAAUCUCCCCAUUGCGUGGCAAGAGAUUAUCAAAAUGAGGCCGUCGGAUGAGUUCGGCACUGUUGCGGCCGAUGUUCUCGGUCAACUCGACGACCCGGAUAGGGUGUCGGCCACCUCCCUCAAGCGGGUCUCUAUCGAGGUCGAGUCCGACUCCGAGGACAGUGAUGGUGAAGACGGGCAUCACAUCAAACGCGCCAAGACCGCCGGAACUUCUGCACCCACCGUGGUCACCGGGUCCGGUUCCAAGGACGACCCCUUUGUUCUUGGUGACGAGCCGUACGAUGGACUUGGUGACCGACGUGGCGCUCCCAUUGUCCUCGAGUAG